AACCAGAGGAGAGCCUCGCGUGUGUGUCUCUAAAGUCUCAACGUCUCUCUCUCACAUAACACCAAGCGAUUAGAGUAAACAUAUAUCAAAGGUAAAAAUCUCGAUGAACCACCGAUUGCUCUUUUACUAGGAUCAUAGGAUCGUAGAGAACUAGGUUCGAUGAGUUUAUGGAAAGCUAGGAAUGAAAUUAGGGUUUAGUUCGAAUCGGUUUAUUUUUUUUGGUUAGACCCAAAAAGAUCAAUUGAUUCUAACCGUCUAGUUAACCAAUUUGCAGAAGCGGAGAUGGCGGAAGGGCGCGAUAGACUCGAACGACAAAUUGAUUUUGCAUCAUUGUUUCUCAACAGACAGCGCGGAAGGAUCUUCGUUGACGAUGAAACUACAUGGACUGUGCAAGCAAGAGGUGGUAUUUGGCGGCGUGGAAGGCCUCGUCCUCGUACUCGUACUCGUCCUCGUGCUUCACCUUCAAGGAGGGCCCUCGCUGAUAUCACUGAUGUGAAUAGGGUGGGUACUGAGAGAAGGAGAGCAGUGGUUGGCCCAAGGCCCCUCCUUGAUACUGCUGUUGUUAGGGCGGGUACUGAGAGAAGGAGAGCAGUUGACCGUGUACCACUGGCUCAGCUCGAGCUCAGGUAUUCUGUGGCCAGUGCUGUUGCAUCCGCUGGAGUCAACCACCCCUCUUCCAUCGCUUGGGUUCAGCAGAAGUUGCUCUCACUCAAAGAGGAAUUAUCUGAUGGAGAGGAGGCCCUCACUCCAGAGCUCCUCAACUAUAUAGAUCAAGUGGGGAUUUAUCUGACGGAAGAGCUUGAGAAGCUGAAAAGCACACCAAGUGCGCAGAGAGCUGAGAGGGAGAGGAGGAUUCGAACAUUGAUGUCCAUGAGGUGACCGUUUGGGAACUCUUCACACUCUGAAAAGUAGGGAUCAUAGGCGUAAAAAAAAGUUGACGAUGAUACAAAGAGGGACGAGUGGAUAUCAUAUCACGGAGAGUACAUACUCCACGUUAUUACCAAUGUUUGUGUUUUAGGCUUGAGAGUUAAGAUUACAUUUGCUUACUUUCUUUUUUCACUAUUUGUGAAAUUUGAAGAUUCUUUUGAUACUAGUUGUUUUCUUUUGUACCUUUGGCAUGGCCUGUGUAGUAGCGCUAUUGAUUAGAAAAUUAUUUGACAACCCAUCAGUUUCACUUCCUCUAAUCUCUUCUUCUUUGAACCGCUUCCUAAUUCACAUUCCAAAACCGAAUUUGACCAAAGUAGUUUUAAUUGUUGUUGUUUCCCAGCAACAUUUUGCUCUUAGCCUACUCAUUCUGUUCCACUAUGCUUGUUUUUAGCUUCCAAGAUUUUCUCAACGUGAUUGGAAUUGUUUCACA